GUAAUUUGAGCCGAAACGCGAAGCGGGUAAGUAGCAGCAGCAGCAGCAGGAGGAGGAGGCCGAGGCUGGACAAUGACUGACGUGGAGACAGUCAGGGAGUGAGUCCGACCCUUCUCUGGAGGAAAGAAGAGUUUAAAGCUGAACCUGUUUUCUUUGAGCUGCUGAGAGUUUGAGUCCGAGCCGCAGGAUGAGUCUGGAUAAAGCCGAUCUGUGUGACUCUCUGCUCACCUGGCUGCAGACAUUUCAGGUGCCGUCAUGCAACAGCAAGCACGACCUCACCAGUGGAGUGGCCAUUGCACACGUGCUGCACAGAAUAGACCCCUCUUGGUUUAACGAGACGUGGCUGGGCAGAAUCAAGGAGGAGAGCGAGGCCAACUGGCGCCUGAAGGUCAGCAACUUGAAAAAGAUCCUGAAGAGCAUGCUGGAGUAUUAUCACGACGUGCUCGGGCACCAGGUGUCGGACGGCCACCUGCCGGACGUGAACCUCAUAGGAGAGAUGAACGAUGUCACUGAGCUGGGGAAGCUGGUUCAGCUGGUGUUGGGCUGUGCUGUGAGCUGUGAGAAGAAACAAGAGCAAAUCCAGCAGAUAAUGACACUUGAGGAAUCUGUCCAGCACGUUGUGAUGACAGCCAUUCAGGAGCUGUUAUCAAGGGAGCCUUCAUCUGAUCCAGGAAGCCCGGAGACCUUCGGGGACUUUGACUACCAGUCAAGGAAGUAUUACUUUCUGAGCGAGGAGGCCGACGAGAAGGAGGAUCUGAGCCACCGCUGUCGAGACCUGGAGCAUCAGUUGUCGUUGGCUCUGGAGGAAAAGUCGACCCUGCAGGCCGAGACUCGCUCCCUGAAGGAGAAGCUGAGUCGCUUCGACAACUCCACCACCGCCAUCACCGGCAAGAAGCUGCUGCUGCUGCAGAGUCAGAUGGAGCAGCUGCAGGAGGAGAACUACAGACUGGAUAACAGCAGAGACGACAUGCGUGUGCGCGGAGAGAUCCUGGAGCGAGAGGUGACCGAGCUGCAGCUGCGUAACGAGGAGCUGACCAGCCUCGCUCAGGAGGCCCAGAACCUGAAAGACGAGAUGGACAUCCUCAGGCACUCGUCGGACCGGGUGAACCAGCUCGAAGCCCUGGUGGAGACGUACAAGAGGAAGCUGGAGGAUUUGGGAGACCUGCGCAGACAGGUGCGCCUCCUGGAGGAGCGCAACACCGUGUACAUGCAGCGCACCUGCGAGCUGGAGGAGGAGCUCCGCAGGGCCAACGCCGUCCGCAACCAGCUGGACACGUACAAGAGACAGGCCCACGAGCUUCACACCAAGCACUCAGCCGAGGCCAUGAAAGCAGAGAAAUGGCAGUUUGAGUACAAGAACCUUCACGACAAGUUCGAAGCGCUGCUGAAGGAGAAAGAACGUCUGAUCUCUGAGAGAGACACACUCCGAGAGACGAAUGAUGAGCUCAGGUGUGCUCAGGUCCAGCAGAGGUGUCUCAGUGGAGCAGGAGGUUUGUGCGACAGUGAUGUCACCGUGGGAAACCUGGCUGCAGAGAUCAUGCCCACGGAGCUCAAGGAGACAGUGGUGCGUCUGCAGAGCGAGAACAAGAUGCUGUGUGUCCAGGAGGAGGCCUGCAGGCAGGAACUGGUGGAGGUGCAGGCCGAGCUGGAGGAGGCUCAGCGCAGCAAGAACGCCCUGGAAACUCAGAACAGGUUAAACGAGCAGCAGAUCUCAGAGCUGCGUGCUCAGGUGGAGGAUCUGCAGAGAGCUCUUCAGGAGCAGGACAGCAAGACUGAGGAUGCCAUCUCCUCCUUACUGAAGAAGAAGCUGGAGGAGCAUCUGGAGAAGCUCCAUGAAGCUCACUCAGACCUCCAGAAGAAACGAGAAGUCAUCGACGACCUCGAGCCCAAAGCGGACAGCAACAUGGCAAAGAAGAUCGAUGAACUCCAGGAGUCCCUGCGCAAGAAGGACGAGGACAUGAAGCAGAUGGAGGAUAAGUACAAGCGCUACGUGGAGAAGGCGAGAACGGUGAUCAAAACUCUGGAUCCCAAGCAGCAGCCGGCGACGCCGACUCCUGACAUCCAGGCUCUGAAGAACCAGCUGUCAGAGAAGGAGAAGAAGAUCCAACACCUGGAGCACGACUACGAGAAGAGCCGAGCCCGACACGACCAGGAGGAGAAGCUGAUCAUCAGCGCCUGGUACAACAUGGGGAUGACGUUGCAACAGAAAAUGUCCGGCGAGCGUCUGGGUCCCUCCAACCAGGCCAUGUCCUUCCUCGCCCAGCAGAGGCAGUCCACCAACGCCCGGAGAGGCCUGAUCCGCCACCAGCCCAGAUAAAAACCAGCACGACUGCAGGAUGCUUGAACACACACGAGGGGUCUUCAUCUGAGCUCCCUCCACCUGUUUGCCUUUCUAGAAUACCUCCACUGGAUCUCUGCACCUUAGAGAGUAAUCCUCCUCAUGCUGCUACUGCCCCCUGCUGGCUCUUAACGGUACCAGUCUUUGUUUCCCUGAGAGGAGAGAGAGGAGAGAGAGAAGCUGCUGCUGCUGCGUUUGACUCUGAGCUCAGAGGAGCAGGAUGAACUGAGGGCCUGACGAGAGGCUGACUCACCUUUUCAGGUGACUUUUAUUUCUCCUUUUUCUUUGAGGUCUGUUUUCAACCUUUUUUUUUAUCUUUUAUGUUGAAAUCUGAAGAUGAAAUGUGAAUCAGUGUCGUCACGAUCAGAGGAGCGUGAAGAAGCUUUAGGACUGAAACAGGAAGUCUCAUUCAGCCGUUCGUACGUCUCAUCGGUCCGAGCUUUUAUUUUGUCCUCUUUGUGUUCUGAGGUGAGUUUUUAUUUUAUUUUGAAGGGCUGUGUAAAGGUGUAAAGACCAUGAUGAGGGUGUAAAUGGCUUUUCUCCUUUCUUUGUAUUCACUUGAUUUUCUCUAAACGUAACAUUCAUGAUGAUUAGAAGCUUCACUAGAGACGCCAAAGCACUUUCCUCGAGGGUGGGUUCCUUCAGUGCCUCAGAUAAUAAUAUUUAAAGCUCCCUCUGUGGACCAGACCGGACACGUCCAGUGUCUUCCUUCUUCCUGUCCUCUUUAAGAAUCUCAAUUCGGCUCUUACUCGUGAUUUUUCUGAUGGAUCUUCUCGUCCGUCGUCUGAAGAUGUGAUUAUGUCUGACUUCUUUUUUUAUCUUGUCCCCGUCCCGCCUCCUAAAGAUAAUAACAGGGUGUUAGUUCUCAGUAGGACCGCGCUGCACUCACCACUUUUUACUCUGAAAGCUGAUAUAGAUAUACGAUUUAAAAUGAUGUAGAACUGGAAAUGAAAGCCUCCUAGUUUGUCACUGAGACGUGAAAUCAAACGUACGAUGUGAUCGAGUCCACAGAGAUAAAAACACUAAGAACCAUGACUCAGCUCAAAGCUGUUUCACCGCUGCUAGACUUUAAUUGAACCGACCUGCUGAAUCCUCUUUGACUGGACCUGAGAGGGGGCUCACACGUCGACACUACCACUUCAUCUUCAUCCUCUACAGGUGUAGUCCUCUACAGGUGUAGUCCUCUACAGGUGUAGUCCUCUACGGUCCCGUAUCACAGCUGCCGUGUGGUGACUUGUACUCCGUCCCUGUGAGUGUGUGUGUGCUGUGCUCUACACACACCAGAGUCCUGCUGACAUGUUUGACUUGUGUUGAUGAUUUGUAUUUAUGGUGUUUUGCUCACGUUUGUUUCUGCACAUUUUGCAUGCUUUGUUGGGGUUUUAGUUUGAGCUGGUUUUGUGUCAUGUGAUGGUUUUGUAGAUUGUAGCACAGCGUAUGUCACACAGGGGUCUGAGGCAAGGUAAAGAUUUGUAGUCCUGUCUACUUUUGCACUACAAAUAAAUAAAUAGGAUCUUAAGAUAAAACAA